GAAUAGUGGUGGCAUUUUGGGCGCCCUAAACUAAAGUAACACUGAAAACCUAGAACUGACUUUGUCAUCCAAGUCUUCCUCACUCUUCUCUUUCGCAUAACAAUGGCCGCAACUCAAACUCUCUCUUCUUCCUUAGCGAAACCCUCCCUUCUCCCUCCCAACAACAAUCGCUUCUUCUCCACAUCCCUCCAUAAACCUACUCUCCCCUCUCUCUCCGACACCCGAAAACCCCUUUUCCUCACUUCCUCCUCCAAAAACCCAAUUUCCGACAUCAUCCUCUCCAACAAAAACCACCCACAAGACGAGGUUGUUUUCAUCAACGACGACAAGCCUCGUGAAGAGUGCGGCGUUGUUGGUAUCUACGGCGACUCAGAAGCCUCCCGUCUCUGCUACUUAGCCCUCCACGCUCUCCAACACCGCGGCCAAGAAGGCGCUGGAAUCGUCACCGUUAACAACAACGUUCUUCAAUCCAUCACCGGUGUUGGUCUUGUCUCCGAUGUCUUCAACGAAACCAAACUCGAUCAGUUACCCGGAAGCUUAGCCAUCGGCCAUGUUCGUUAUUCUACUGCUGGACAGUCCAUGUUGAAGAAUGUUCAACCUUUUGUUGCUGGGUACCGUUUUGGUUCUGUUGGUGUUGCUCAUAACGGUAAUUUAGUUAAUUAUCGUACUUUAAGAGCUAAGCUUGAAGAAAAAGGUUCGAUUUUUAACACUACUUCUGAUACUGAAGUUGUUCUUCAUUUGAUUGCUACUUCAAAGCAUAGACCUUUUAUUUUAAGAAUUGUUGAUGCAUGUGAGAAGCUUGAAGGUGCUUAUUCGAUUGUGUUUGUUACUGAGGAUAAGCUUGUUGCUGUGAGGGAUCCAUUUGGGUUUAGGCCUUUGGUUAUGGGGAGGAGAAGUAAUGGUGCUGUUGUUUUUGCUUCUGAGACUUGUGCUCUUGAUUUGAUUGAAGCUACUUAUGAGAGGGAAGUUUUCCCUGGUGAGGUUAUUGUGGUUGAUAAUAAUGGGAUUCAAUCGCUUUGUUUGAUGGCACAUCCGCAGCCGAAGCAGUGUAUCUUCGAGCAUAUUUACUUUGCUUUGCCUAAUUCUGUUGUUUUUGGUAGGUCUGUGUAUGAAUCGCGUAGGCGAUUUGGUGAGGUGCUUGCUACUGAGAGUCCUGUUGAUUGUGAUGUUGUGAUAGCUGUUCCUGAUUCUGGUGUUGUGGCUGCUCUUGGUUAUGCUGCGAAAGCUGGUGUUCCUUUUCAGCAAGGGUUGAUUAGGUCACACUAUGUAGGAAGGACUUUCAUUGAGCCAUCUCAGAAAAUUAGGGAUUUUGGUGUGAAGUUGAAGCUUUCGCCUGUUCGUGCUGUGCUUGAAGGUAAAAGGGUUGUUGUCGUUGAUGACUCAAUUGUGAGGGGAACAACAUCGUCCAAGAUUGUGAGGUUGCUUAAGGAAGCAGGUGCAAAAGAAGUUCACAUGAGAAUUGCAAGUCCACCAAUUAUUGGUUCUUGUUACUAUGGUGUGGAUACACCUAGCUCAGAGGAGCUGAUAUCUAAUAGGAUGAGUGUUGAAGAAAUAAGGGAUUUUAUUGGAUCUGAUUCACUUGCUUUUCUUCCAAUUAAUAGCUUGCAUAGUAUGUUGGGUAAUGAUUCUCCUAAUUUUUGUUAUGCUUGUUUCUCUGGGAAAUACCCUGUUGAGCCUAGAGAGCUUAAGGUUAAAAGGGUUGGUGACUUUGUUGAUGAUGGUUUGAAUGGGAGUUUGGAACAAAUUGAUGGUGGUUGGGUUCAAGCCAACAGAAAUCCACCAAAAGAGGUGAAUACUGCUACUGGUCUUUGAGAACUUUUGCUUCAUAUUUAUGAUUUUGCACUUGGGAUUUUGUAUUACUCUUUCAUAAUAUUAAGGGUAUCUGUGUGAUCUAACCACAGUUGUGAGCUCCAUAUAGAGUUCAUCUAGAUUCUGAAGACCAGUGCUUAAUAGUGAUAAUUACAGAUCUGUUAUUUAGAGCUUUUGUCAUCUAGAACUAAGAAAAGUGACAUAAGAACUUUGCAUGUGUUUUCUUUGCCUCUUUUUACUUAAUAUAGGGUUUUAUUCAAAACAACUUAUAUUCCUAUAGUUUUGGAUAUUUCUUUUGCCCGUUCCAUCUCCAUUUCUUGUAUACUUUUGUUUUUUUUGGUAGUUGAAAGAAAGGGCAAUCCUAAUUAAACAAACGCAACUUCAUGUUUACUCGGUAAAAUAAUGAAAAAUUUCACCGUUGCUUGUU